AUGACUGUCAUUUCAAGAUCGCAGACCUUGGACUCGCUCAUUUCAAACCCAACGUCUCCCAGCCAAAUGAUCCCUCAGACAGACUUGGACGCCUUUGGUACUCGCGCAUAUGGUGCACCGGAGACUUUCAGAUCCCACAUAGACAUGGAAGCUUCCCCUUUACAAGUUACACAGGCCGUGGACGUAUGGUCGAUUGGCUGUGUGUUCAGCGAAGCAUCGGUUUGGGCUCAUCACGGCUGGAAAAGAGUUGUUGAAUACAGACGUCAGCGAAGCUUGGAGAUCAAGGCUAAAGGAGGUGAUGAGGGUGAACACGUCUUUCACUUUGAUGGCAAUCUCCUCGACGCGGUUGACAACAUACAUCAAGAUAUAUUAAGGGCAAAACAGACCAAGGAUCAUAUUACUCGGUCAGUAGUGGACCGCCUUGUUGUUGAGAUGUUGCAGCAUGAGACCCGGCCCCACGCUAAGUAUCUUUUCGACAAGUCAAAGCGACUUAUUAAAGAUGCCGAAAAGAAAUUCGAUGUCUCUGUGGUUGGGCUCGUGGGAAACAUUAAUGGCGAGCUUGUCGAUUCUAACGAAGCCAGGGUCGGGGCUAGGAGUCCUCCUCAAGUCCCACAUGACCAUUAUCGCGUACGAGGGGAAAGAGAGUUGCCACUGCGGGAACCUCUUCCGCCUGACGACGAUUCCGCGUGGUCGUCUUCGUCUUCGAGAUCGCAAUCAUCUUCUCACAGGCAUCACCAUAAGUCAGCAAGCCAAAGCAGUAGACCACGCAGCACUGGUGCCAAAGGAAGCUCACCAGCUGGCGCACAAGGCUCACAUGUCAUUCCUCUCCCAGCAACCCCGUCUUCAACCGUUGCUAACACUCAUCAAAAUUCUCCGCAGCAGCAUGUACAGCAGCCUCAAGAGGAGCCGGUACGACCUACUCUAUCCAUCAAUGAAGGCCAUGAAUGGAAGAGGAAGAAGAAAAGUGGUGAAUAUACCGUGUUGCGUGGAGAGGAAAACCUGACUUCUCUGGAUAAGAGAGAUCAUAUUUUUUUGAUUGAUACCUCGGCCACGAUGAAGCAGUACAGUAGAGAAAUAGAACGCGUCAUCUCAUUGUUGGCAUACAUGGUAAAGAAGUCAGACAAAGACGGCCUCGACAUCUUUUUCACCCAGAGCCGGAAAAAGGUCAAUUCGCGGAAAUCCUCGAAACUCUCGUCCUCGAUACACCAAGAGCCCUUCGUGGGGGUAUCAGACAUGCGAGGAAGGCUACAAAACAUUCUGCAAGAGCAUAUAAAUAAAUUUGGCACAUUGAUUUACCCCCCGAGAACGGUGUACGGACGUCAACCUCCUCCGCAACCGCAAAGGCCCCUGAGCUUCUACAUCCUGACAGACGCUAAGUGGCAGCCCACUGACGUUGAGGGUCUCAUCAGAGACCUGGUCCAAAGUAUGAUUGCCAAAAGAUGCCCUAAGGAACAUGUUGCCAUCCAGUUCAUCCGGUUUGGCGAUGAUCAAGCGAGCAUAGAUAAGCUUGAUAAACUAGACCACGGUCUCGGUCUCAAGGCCAUUGGCAUGGAUAUUGUGGAUCACACCUACUGGGAUGGCAACGUCUGGAAGCAGCUGCUAGGCUCCCUCAACGACUGGUACGACGAUGAUCCGACCUAA